GUGCUCGAUACUUCACAUCAUAGCGGCGAGGUCAUGUAUGAGCACUAGCUUGAUCAUUAGCAAGCAGAAAAUAGUGAUCAGAGAGUGAAAUAAACAUGACUAAAUUCAUUUCUGAUCGUCGUCGAGAUCAAGUACUGACACCUCAGUGACACAGCAGGUUUCUCUGUUCCCUCCAUCUCCACUAUGGGGCGUCACAGUAAACUUCAGAAACAGGUGUUAUCUCUGUACCGACAGUUCUUGCGUGCUGGACGGGACAAACCUGGAUUUUUACCCAGAAUACGAGAGGAAUUUCGCACAAACGCGGCCAUCCAAAAGAAAGACGUGAUGCAUAUAGAAUAUUUGUGUCGCCGAGCCCAGAGACAGCUAGAGCAACUUCAAGAUGUGAACACCAAACAGCUGGGUUUCUUCAGCAAGAUCAAGGACGACAGCUGAUUUUAAUAUGUUUAUGUUUAGAAACCAAUGGACAUACAGGGUUGUUUCUUACAAAUGAAAACAUUGUUAAGCAGUUGUGUUGAUGUCUUUAACAGAUUAACUUAUAUAAAGUUGUCAGUUUAUCAUCUUCA